AUGACGUCCUCCGAAUCCGUCGAUGCCAGUGUCAUCGACACGCCGGUCGACUUCGCCAGGUCGCCGAGGCUAACGGGCACGUCCAGCCCGCAGCAGCCCAGCACCAAGGUCGCCUUCUUCGGCACCGACUUCCCCAAUGACGACGUGCUGCAGCUUCUGCGCAAGCUGCACAUCUGCACCCAGGACAGACGGUAUCCGGUCGUGACACGAUUCAUCGACGAAGUCAACCGGGCCAUCCGCGAUGAGGUUAGGCAGCUUCCGGGAGAGCUGAGGUCGUUGAUGCCGCAUUUUCAGAGCGUGCUGCACCUCUGGGAAGACACGAAGCUGCGCCAGGGCCCGCUGGGCGGGUCGGUGGAUGGGACGCUUCUGUGUGUGCUGCAGCUGGCGUCCUUCAUUGGGCACUUUGAGGAACAUCCUGAGAGCUAUGUCUUCCAGCCCGGGGACACCAUUCUCACCGGACUGGGCACAGGCCUGUUCGCAGCCGCGGCAGUCGCCCUCGCGCCGACGGUGGGCGAUCUGCCGCUCCCCGCCGUCCAGGUCGUGCGCAUCGCCUUCCGCAUGGGUGUCAUGGUCCAUCAUGUCUCGCAGAACUUCCAGCCGCGCUUCCUCACCGGAUCCGCUCCGCCCGAGCCCUGGGCCUACGUGCUGCCCGACGCCACGGCCGACGAGGUGCAGCGGGAGCUGGACGCGUUCCAGAAGGACAUGCCCGACAGCAGCCGGGUGUACGUGAGCGCCAUCAGCCAAACCUCGGCCGAGUGCGUCACCGUGAGCGGACCGCCCGCCCGCCUGAAGCAGCUGUUCCGCGAGGCCGACUACUUCCGCGACCGCCGCUCCGUCUCCCUCUCCGUGUUUGCCGGCCUGUGUCACGCGCCGCACAUCUACUCGGCCCGCCAUGUGGCCAAGGUGGUGCGCACCAGCUUGCUCGCAGAGCUGGAGCAGAAUCCCCAGCAUAUCCCGCGCCUUCCCGUUAUCUCGUCGAGCACCGGCCGGGAGUUCGAGGCGGCCUCGGUCUCGCAGCUGUUCGAAGGCAUCGUGCGGGAGAUUCUCACGUGCGCCAACCAGUGGCACAAGGUGGUCCAGGCGGUCGUCUCGCGGGUCCGCGCCCAAGCGGCCCCUGAAUGCCAAUUCAUCACCUUCCAUAACUCCGUUCCCCUUCACGAACUGGUCUCGGCCCUCCGCUCGGAGCUCAGCGGGGUGGACGUGGCCAUCGAAGACGCCAUGGCAUGGGUUGCCAACUCGACCCCGCCGUCGAAGGGGCCGAGGGGACCCGCCCAGGCCAAGAUCGCGAUCGUCGGUAUGUCCUGCAGGAUGCCGGGCGGCGCCACCGACACGGAGAAAUUCUGGUCGCUCCUGGAGCAAGGCCUCGACGUCCACAGGACGAUCCCGCCCGACAGGUUCGACGUGGAGACGCACGCCGACCCGACCGGCAAGCGCAUGAACGCUUCGCUGACCCCCUACGGCUGCUUCAUCGAUGAGCCCGGCCUCUUCGACGCGCCCUUCUUCAACAUGUCCCCCCGCGAGGCGCAGCAGACCGAUCCCAUGCAGCGACUGGCCUUGGUGACGGCCUACGAGGCCCUCGAGCAGGCCGGCGUCGUGUGCAACCGGACGGCCGCCACAAAUGCCCACCGCAUCGGCACCUUCUACGCCCAGGCCAGCGAUGACUACCGCGAGAUCAACACCGCGCAGGAGAUCCGGAACUACUUCAUUUCGGGCGGAUGCCGUGCGUUUGGACCGGGGCGCAUCAACUACUUCUUCAAGUUCUCCGGCCCCAGCUACAGCAUCGAUACUGCGUGCUCGUCGGGGUUGGCAACGAUUCAGGCCGCUUGCACGGCCCUCUGGAACGGCGAGGUGGACACGGCCAUUGCUGGCGGAGUGAACGUCCUGACCAACCCUGACGCGUUCGCCGGGCUCAGCAUCGACCACUUCCUUUCCAAAACGCCCAACGCGUGUAAGGCGUGGGACUCGGAGGCCGACGGCUACUGCCGCGGCGAUGGCAUCGCGUCCGUGGUCAUGAAACGGCUCGAAGACGCCGAGGCUGACAACGACAACAUCCUCGGCGUGAUCCUGGGAGCUGCUACCAACCAUUCGGCCGAGGCCGUCUCCCUCACGCACCCCCACGCCGGUGCCCAGGCCUACCUCUUCCGACAGGUGCUGAACAGCGCCGGCGUCGACCCUCUCGACGUGAGCUAUGUCGAGAUGCACGGCACGGGCACGCAGGCCGGCGACAGGGAAGAAAUCCAGUCCGUCUGCCAGGUCUAUGCUCCGCUCACGAGCACGAAGCGGCGCCGGCCGGACCAGCCGCUGGUCAUCGGGACGGUCAAGGCCAACGUGGGCCACGGAGAGGCCGUCGCCGGGACAACAGCGCUCGUCAAGGUCCUCCUCAUGCUCCAGAAGGGCAUGAUCCCGCGCCACGUGGGCAUCAAGAACAGCCUCAACCCGACCUUCCCCAAGGACCUGGACAAGCGGAACCUCCACAUCCCCUACACCCAGCAGCCGUGGUCACGCAGCCCCGCCAGGAAGCGCAUCGCUGCCAUCAACAACUUCGGCGCCGCCGGCGGCAAUACUCACGUCGUGCUGGAAGAGGGCCCCAUCCGCGAGCCCAAGGGCGUCGACCCUCGCCGCACGCACGUCGUGACCGUGUCCGCGAAGAGCAAGGUGUCGCUCAAGGGGAAUCUGGAGCGUCUGAUUGCGUACCUGGAUGCCGGAGAUGUGUCCCUGCCCAGCCUUUCCUACACCACAACGGCUCGGCGCCUUCACCACAACCAGCGCGUGGCCGUCGCAGCGACCGACGUGGCCCAGCUGCGGAAGAUGCUCUCGUCGUAUCUCGAGAGCGACUCGCACAAAACGAUCCCUGCGACGGGCCCGCCCCCGGUGGCGUUUGCCUUCACCGGCCAGGGCGCGUCCCACCGCUCGAUGGACCUCGACCUGUUCCGCCACUGCCCCGGAUUCCGCCAGGACAUCGAGGAGCUGGACGAUAUCUGCCAGCAUCAGGGGUUCCCGUCGUUCAUCCCCGCGAUCGACGGAAGCCACCCGCAGGAUCACAAACACUCGCCCGUCGUGACCCAGCUGGCCCUCGUCUGCACCGAGAUCGCGGUCGCCAGAUACUGGGAGUCGCUGGGCGUCAAGGCGGACAUCGUCGUGGGGCACAGCCUGGGCGAGUACGCAGCGCUCUGCGUGGCGGGGGUGCUCUCCGCGAGCGACGCCAUCUUCCUCGCCGGGACGCGGGCCACCAUGCUGGAGCAGAAGUGCACGGCGGGCAGCCACAAGAUGCUCGCCGUGAAGGCGUCGCGCGAGCAGAUCGCCGAGGUGCUCGGCAAGGAUGCCCAGAGCCCGGCCUACGAGAUUGCGUGCCUCAACGGGCCCAAGGACACGGUCCUGAGCGGCCCGCGCGACAACAUCGACGUCCUCUGCGGCACGCUGCAGGCGGCCGGGUACAAGUGCGUCAGCCUGGACGUCGACUUCGCCUUCCACUCGGCGCAGACCGACCCCAUCCUGGACGCCUUCGAAGAGGUCGGCCGGACCGGCGUGGUGUUCCAGUCGCCCGAGGUGCCCGUGAUCUCGCCGCUGCUCGGCAAGGUCGUGUUCGACGACAGGACGCUGAACGCGAACUACGUCCGGCGGGCGACGCGCGAGGCCGUCGACUUCCGCGGCGCCCUCGAGAGCGCGCUCAGGACUUCGUCGAUCGACGGCCAGACGGCCUGGAUCGAGAUUGGGCCCCACCCCGUCUGCGUCAACUUCGUCCAGACCACGCUGCCGUCCGUGGCCGCCGCCGUCCCGUCCCUCCGCCGGGGCGAGGACAACUAUUCGACCCUGGCCGGCAGCCUCGCGACGCUGCACUGUGCCGGCGUGGAGAUCAACUGGGACGCCUUCCACAAGCCCUUCGAGCCGGCGCUCCGGCUCCUGGACCUGCCGGCGUACGCCUGGAACGAGAAGAACUAUUGGAUUCCGUACAACGGCGACUGGGCCCUGACCAAGGGCAACACGUUCUACGACGCGGAAAAGGCGCUGCUCAAGGCGGCGUCGGCCAAGCCGGCGCCUCCCGCUGGCCCGAGGACGGCGGGCGUGCAGAAUAUCGUCGAGGAGGAAAUCCAGGGGUCGACCGGUCGCGUGGUCAUGCAGUCCGACCUCAUGCACCCCGAGCUCUUUGCUGCGGCAUGGGGCCACAAGAUGAACAACUGUGGCGUGGUGACAUCGUCCAUCCAUGCCGACAUUGCGAUCACCCUUGGGCAAUACCUGCUCAAGAAGAUGCGACCCGACGCGGCGGACUGGCGGGCCAAUGUCGUCGAUCUGGUCGUCACCGAGGGGCUGAUUGCCAACCAAGACACGACCAAGCCCCAGCUCAUCCAGGUCUCGCUCACGAUCGACGACAGCGGCUCGGGCGCCCCAACCGGCCGCCUGGAGUGGCACAACGCCGGGCAGGACGGGCACGUCAGCAGCGAGGAGCCCCCCUUCGCCACGGCCGCGCUCACGUUCGGCACCGCGGCCGAGUGGCUCACCUCGUGGAUCCCCUACAAGCACCUGGUGCUGGGCCGCAUCCAGGCGCUGCGGGAGCUCGCCGAGCGCGGCGUGGCCAACAAGUUCUCGAGCGCCAUGGCAUACCGGCUCUUCGCGAACAGCCUGGUCGACUACGCGCCCAAGUACCGCGGCAUGCAGUCGGUGGUGCUGCACGGGCUCGAGGCGGUGGCCGACGUCGAGCUGGUGGCCGACCGGGCGGGCACCUGGACGGUGCCGCCGCACUGGAUCGACAGCGUGGCCCACCUGGCGGGCUUCGUCAUGAACGUGUCGGACGCGGUCGACAACCAGGCCAAGUUCUGCGUCACGCCGGGCUUCCGCUCGAUGCGCUUCGCCAGGGACCUCGUCGCCGGCGGCAGGUACCAGUCCUACGUCCACAUGAUCCCCACCGAGGCCGACCCCAACGUCUACCUCGGCGACGUCUACAUCCUGCAGAACGACACCAUCGUCGGCCUGGUCGAGGCCAUCAAGUUCCGCGCGUACCCGCGCAUGCUGCUGAACCGCUUCUUCUCGCCGCGCGACGACCCAGCUCCCGUGUCAGUAGCCCCAGCGCGUCCCGCGGAGCCCGCUCGCGCAACCAUCCCAGCACCCAUUCCCACUCCCACUCCUACCCCGGCACCCACUCCCGCCCCGGCACCUGCCCCAGCCCCCGCCGCCGCACCGGCCCCCGGGGAAAGCAGCAACAGCACAGCAGCCAAGGCGCUAGCACUGGUAGCGCGCGAGACGGCGCUGGACGCGGCGGAGCUGCGCGACGAGGCCAGCUUCGCCAACCUGGGCGUGGACAGCCUGAUGAGCCUGGUGCUGGCGGAGAAGUUCCGCGAGGAGCUCGGCGUGGUCAUGAGCGGCAGCCUGUUCCUCGAGUACCCCACCGUCGGGGACCUGCGGCGGUGGUUGGUGGAGUACUACAGCUGA